AUGCACAUCAGGAUGUAUCACGACGGGGCCAUGAGCAAACUACUAGAAAAACUCUCCGAGGAUGCGGACAACCCGACCGUCCAGCUGCAAGUACCAUUUCUCAUCGAGAAACUUGCCCCACGACCCGCCCACCGCAAGGUUAUCAUGAUUGCGGCUGGCACGGCCGUCAACCCGAGUAAGCAAAAUUGUUUCGGACUCAUGGAUUGUCUCGUGCUCCCAUCCUUCGUGUCGAUAACAACGCCGAGUGCGCGCUGUGCCCACGCCGCUCCAUUGGAGCAUGCGGACGGAAAUCGUGGAAUUUUGGCGAUCAGGACGUCUUAG